UUAACCAAGACGGUAAUAGCACCUCUUCCAGAAACAAUUUUUCAACCAAUACAUAUUACGGUGGCCAAUAUACAUUAUCAACUCAGUUGAUAAAACCAAAUCACACUGUAGGUCUUUGAGUUAUAAAGAAGUUGUGUAAAAGUUACUCAUUCGCAAUGGAGGUCCAUAGUAAAGAUACCGUUCUGAAUGUAGCAGUAAAAGUCGCCGAGACAGAGCAGUGGAAAGCAAAAAUAAAAGAAGGAAGCAAGGUGGUAGUCAACGUGAAAGGAAGACAUUGGAAAGCAAAGGAUGCAACAAAGAAAUUGAAACCAAAGUGGACAGAGCUUAUGAAGGUCCCUACGCAUUUAACCACACAAGAACCAGGCCGCGAGGACAAUGUGGUGUCCAAAGUGUUGACUCUGUUCCAACAGGCGACUUCUAUCUGUAGUUUAGAGGCAGAGCUGAUACUGAACGAUCAUUCAGUGCGCGUUAGAACAUCUGGCGGACCUGUACAACUAGCUCGAUGCCGCCUCAUUCUAGACACGGAGAAAGGUAAAAUUAAGUUUAAAGUCCACAAGUCGGCCGCUCUUUCAAUGGUGGUACCUGGUGCCGUGACCAAAGUCGUGCUUGCUUUGAACACCACCCUUAAUUGUCUUCCCAUUCAGACCAAGUCGUCAAUUGUCAAAGCGUUCAAUGCUAUUUUCAAAGUGCUCACAGCCGGGAACUCAAUAGAUGACGUCAGAAACGACGGAAUGUUCGAAGAUAACCUCAUCGAUCCAGAAAAAGCUCUGAGCGAGGCAACCUUUACAGCCCCUAGCAAGUUGUUUUCUACAGUCUUAACAGUGGAUGUUAAGAUAAUAUGCCCGGGAAAUGUGGUCGUGGAGUUCAAGAAAAGAGAGAUGUUGGCCGCCUUGAGAAGGCAGAGAGUGGUUCUAGAUGCGAAACAAAGUCUCCAGAUCAUCAAAGAACCCCGCUCAAUUUUAAGAGGGAAACAAGUCCAAACAGCGAUGACAGCUCUAGCUUUAUGGGUUUCGUCUAGUUCGCAAUUCAACGCUUGGCAAACUACUCUUGAAGUUGUGAAAUGCUUGCAGAAAGCCUGUUCUUAAGCUGAAAGAUCGAAUCAUGAAAGACUUUCUUCACGCACAUGAUAACCAAAAAUGUUGUGACUCCGAUCC